AUGGAAAACAUUUGGGAAAACAUCAGCACAGCGCUAGAACUAUCGCCCGAAAUAUCGGACAGGUGGUUGGUCAAGCUUCGCACACAAUACGCACAAAGCCAUCGUCACUAUCACACCGAGUCUGAGUUAAUACGUCGGAAGGUGCCACAUUUAACAGCAGCCAGCAUCUGUCUGCAGUUGGCCACACUUUUUCAGUACUACCACUUCGAGGCAGACAAGGAUUGUGUAGCAAGGAAUUGUGAAACAGUGAGUGAAUUCUUCGCCGACGCACAGCUGGACAAUAAAACACUGGAAACAAACGUAAAAAGAUUGCUUGGGGAUGUACAGAUGGAGGCAGGCGAUCUGUCCGAGCAUGACGUGCAAUACUUCCAAGAUCUGGAUUUGCUAGUACUGGGCACACCGCCGGACGAUUACAAACAGUACACCCAGCAGCUUCGCAACGAAUGCCCCGCCGAGGAUGUUAGUUCCUACGAUAAAAUGCGCCUAAAGCUGCUGCAAACGCUCUGCCGCAUACCAAGCAUCUACAUGACGAAGGAAUUUAGCGAACGGUUCGAAAGUGCCGCACGUGCAAAUAUUGAGCAGGAAAUCAAGGAUUUGCAGUCGAAAUAA